AUGGACAGCAGCAUCUAUGCUGUGCGCUCCAUGGUACUUCCCAAGGCACAGGCACUGCCCCAAAGACUCACGACCCGGGCAUCGCCAAAACCUCUGAGGCAUCCCAUGGGUCGAUCGAUGUCCAGGACUGCCACUGCCCGGCUUGCCGCUGUUGGCGCUGUGGCCCUGCGCCGGGUCGCAAGGGGCGCCAGUCUUCGUGAUAGUGAGGGGCGUAAGAUCCACGAGGCACCCAGCUUUGACGCCCGGGACGGCAGCGACCUGGUCGUAGGGCGCCAAUUGGCAAUUUUCGAGAGGCGACCCUUUGGGGUAUUGGCCUAUGCACCUAGCAGGAAUGGCAUUGGCGCAAUGGUGUGGGAACUUGGCCAGGAAAGAUAUGUGGGCGAUCCUCAAGGGCGGGCUGCAAGGCAAGGUGUGGUGGAGAGAAUGGUGGUGAAGCGCAUCAACGGCACAGACAUCUCGACUUGGCAGUUCCAAGAUAUUUUGGACCUGUUGAACGACAAGAUCUUGGACAAUUCCAGUGGCAAGUUUCAGAGUCUCUCCAGGGGACAGAUGACCAAUUCACCCGCAGAGCUGCCGGUGACGAUAGAGUUUGUCCAGCUGAAACAAGCAGAUAAGACUCCAGCAGGACCUUCUCCACCUAUCGACCUGGACCCAGAGCCGUGCCCAGCGGGACUCCUGUCGUACGAGGGGCACGUGGACGACGAUUUCUUGGAGCGACUGCUCCGUAUACAGCGGGACCAUGCUGGGCAGGUCAUUCUCUCCAUUGACGAUGCCGUUCGCUUGGUGGACGACGUUGCCGAGCUCUUGCGGAAGGAGGAGACGUUGCAGCGGGUUCAGCUUCAGCAAGUGGUGGUGGUGGGGGACCUUCAUGGACAGUUCUUUGACCUACUGCGGAUCUUUGAUACCACCGGAAAGGUAAGCGAAUCGAAUCCAUACCUCUUCAAUGGAGAUUUUGUGGAUCGUGGUGCUUUUUCUCUGGAGACCAUCCUGCUGCUCUUCGCGUUGAAACUUCGCUUUCCAAGAGCAGUUUUCAUGAACCGCGGGAAUCACGAAGCAGCGGAAUUGAAUUUGAGAUACGGCUUCGCUGCAGAGAUUCGAGAGCGCUAUGGUGCGGCUGGCAAGCGUUUGUUCGAUGCCUUCGCCGAAAGCUUUCGAUGGCUACCUUUAGCACAUGUGCUAAAUGACGAGGUCUUUGUGGUCCACGCCGGGUUGCCGGGUCCAGAUCCCCGUUUGCCCUUCAACGAUGCGGGUGGCAAGGGCACGGGUUACGAUGCCAUGGUGGACAGCGGCCGCCGGGGCGGGGGCCAGAACCUGUCACUGUUGGGCUACAACCCGGACAACGUCAGCCUGCCGCCGCGGCGCCAUGAGCUGAGCCUCCAGGACAUCGCCAACCUGCCGCGCGGCGGCGACCCGGCCACGGACCUGCGGGACUUGGAACGGCUGCCGGAGGCGGAGGCGGAGGUGCAGCGUUUGAUCGUCGAUCUUCUCUGGGCGGAUCCUCGUGGAAAGACCGGCUAUGGUCCCUCCUACCGCGUGCGCAAGGGUUGCUACAUCUUUGGCCCCGACGUGACCACGGCCUUCCUCCGAAAGAAUCAGCUGCGACUAAUGAUCCGAUCGCAUGAAGUCAAGGUGCAGGGCUAUGAAUGGACUCACUCUGACUGCAUCACAGUGUUUUCAGCUCCCAACUAUUUGGGCCAUGCCCGGAACAAGGGCGCCGUAGUCAAGUUGACCUUGAAUGAAGAAGGUCAUUUGACACCAUCCUUCAUUACAUAUGAGCCUCAGGUGACCGCUGUUGCUUGA